AUGCGCAGUAUCGGACAAAGAAGGCCCAAUCGCAGCAAAUAUCAUGAAACAACAAUCUGUCCCAUGAAAUCUUUCACAGAAAAUCCAGAUGCACUUAUUACCCUUACUGAUAAGCAAACUAUUAAAGUUCAAAAACUCAUAAAUAAAGCCGUCGAAAAUGAAUAUAUCGAUGAUACACGGCUUCCGCAGACUCUAGAACUAACAUUAGAAAUCUUAGAAGACUUCACAAAUUACAAAAAAGUAGCUAAAGUACCACCGAUAAUUCACUUACCUCCAUAUAUCAAGCUAAUGCCAAUGCCUAAGUCUGUUGCUGGAUACAAAAGGAAACUGAUAUCAAGACAUAAUGUUCGUAAUUAUAAAGAACCUGCCGGCAUAAGUGAUGAUAAUGGAACAAAUACGUUGGAAAAUGAGCAUAAUAUAUUCGUUUAUCAAGAAUCUGCCAACGUAGGCAAUGUUGCCAAAUAUAUAAAAUUAGACCCUGCCACUAAAAUGAAUACAUGA